AUGUUCGGCCGGAAAGUGGAACCUUACUUAUGGAGAGAAUGGGGCGGUUACACCCUCUGCUACACAGAGGCGCAUCUCCGUUUGCUUUUGUCCAUUAGAGUGAAUUACAGUAGUAUUUGCUUAUUUUUUCUUGAUUCCACCCUCAACACGGGUUAUGGUUUUCUUUUCAGUACCUACGCUUCUCACCCGGCCUUUCCGAUACACGCACGUUGUAUACUAGCUAAGUGUGCACUAAAUAGUGGACGUAAGCAAAGUAGGAAUCAAAUUCAAGCCCUAAAACUGACAAAAUCAAGAAUAGCAAAAUUGAUCAGAGCCUUGGGGUGCGUGCUGAACGUCCUCCAUCACGCACCAGUCACCAUUAGCAAACUCGACAAAAAAUCGAUAUUGAACCGUCGGCACGUGGAUUAA